AUGACGGUCGCGCCCUUUAGCAAGGUCGGCCCGCCGAUCCUCUCGGCUCUCGCGCUGUCCUACGGCCUCUGGCUUGCCGCUCGCGCGCAGCCGUUCGGCGGAGAGACCCCGCGGACCAUGACGCGGGAGUGGAUCCAAGCCAGCGACAAGCUUCUUGACGCGUGGCCACGGGAGGCUGGUCCUCCGGUCGUCAUGAAUCCCAUCUCCAGGCAGAAUGCUCUCAAGAACUGA